AUGCCAAGAGUGCUCAAACUACAUAUAGUAGUGGGCCAGCUGAAUGCAAAACAGCAAUGCUCAAAAUCAUCUGAUACCUAUUGGAUAGGAGCAAGCGAUAUUUUUCACGAGGCAGACUUUACCUGGACAGAUGGUACAAAGGUUACUUUUGAAGACUGGUUUGAAGGAUGGCUGCAAUAUGAACAUUUCGGAAGACAACCAAAUGAUGAUGGGUACAGUGAGCAAGAUUGUGUGGAACUUCGAAGGGAAUUCGCCAUACCACUAAAAGGUUAUGAUAUUGCUAGUAAGUGGUACUGGAACGAUAUUUCCUGCUCAGUUAAAAAUGGAUUUGUCUGUCAAGUACCCAAAGGGAAAAUGUCAAUACCGAUUGCAGAUUUAAAAUAUUGCAACACAACAGUAACCGGAUCAUCAGGUUUUGUAACAAGCCCUAACUACCCGCUGUUUUAUCCAAAUAAACUUGUAUGCUCAACGGUAAUUGUUGUUUUACCCGGGCAUCGUGUUUUCUUGGAGUUCGAAAACUUUGUUCUUGAAAAUAAUAGAAACUGCAGCUACGAUUUCGUCAGAAUAAGUGACUUUACAAACAACGUCAAAGUAGUUUGUGGAAAUUACACUGGAAAAGAAAAAUUAUUGACCUUUCUUUCUGAGACAAAUUUUGCCGAGAUAACGUUUGUCUCAGAUGAUUGGGUUAAUUUCAACGGAUUUAAUGUUAGUUAUUCAUCAAAAGAAGUUCUUUAUAGUUGUUAUGAUUCAACUUGGUUUCCAAUACAAGGAAAAUGUAUGAAACCCGUGGCUACACCUCAAUUGGAUUGGGAAGCGGCCUUUGUUGCGUGUUAUAACAUGGGAAGGAAAGCUACUCUGGCGUCAAUUGAGAACAAGGAACUUCAGGAAUUUCUUGUCAAGAAACUUGCACAGAAUACGCAGUUCACCGCCACAUCGCAGUACUGGUUAGGCGGCACGGACCGUAAAGACGAAGGCGUAUGGAAAUGGCAAUUUACAGAUGUUAUGGUCAAUUUAACUUACACAAAUUGGUUUCAAGGUUCGGGUAAUAUAAGUGCCCAACCUAGCAACAUCGUCAAUGAAGAUUGUAUUGUAAUGACCAAUUCUCUUAGCAAAGAAACACCUAACUCGUACUAUUGGGCUGAUGAGCUAUGUAGAGUGCGAUCUGGGUACAUCUGUCAGCAAGAGGCACAAGAAGUAAAGUCGGAGACACCGUACCCAUAUGAAAAUGUUAUUCAAGAUUUAUACGGACAAAUUGCAAGUCGGAGCUAUCAAGAUGAGUAUCUGAAUGACAUGUACAUUAAAUGGGUGUUUGUUGCCCAACCUGGAUAUCAAAUUGUACUUCUGUUUCACAAAUUUGAUAUCGAGAAGCAGAGUAAUUGUUUAUACGAUUAUAUUUUACUCAGUGAUUCCUUUGGAGAGAAAAGGUAUUGUGGUAAAAAAACAGAAAAUACUUUUCAAUACAACUCAAGGGAUAAUAUCUUGAACAUAACAUUUAUUUCGGAUUAUUCGAUUACUUUUCAAGGGUUUAGCCUUUCAUAUGAAAUUGUUCCCGAGUGCCAACAUAUGUUGUUUACAGCGAUAGAGGGCUCUAUCCAGAGUCAAGUAAGCUUUGGACGCUACCUGGAUAACAUUGACUGCUUUAUUAAUAUUAGCGUUCCCAUAGAUAGACGUGUGGUGCUAGAAUUUGAAAUGUUUGAUUUAAAGUUUGAUUUAAAUUGCGAGAAAGAUUUUCUAGAAAUAUUUUUAUCUUCCGAAUAUUCUGUACGAAUUUGUGGAAACAAAACUCUUGAACUAUGGAAAUUGAAGUAUGUGUCUUAUGCAAGUACUAUGCAAAUUAAAUUCCGGACUGAUCAAUCGGAGGCGUCUAAGGGAUUUCAUGCAAGAUAUGCAGCAGUUAGCUUGUUUGGUCUGCUCAAUUACUAUUCAGAAGUGAUGCCGAAUGUCACCAGUACUACAUUCACCAGUCUGAAUUACCCUAACCCAUUUCCAUCUUUUACAUACCAAGAAAUUGUAUUUUUUGCACCAACUGGAUUUCAUGCUAAGCUUAAUAUUACGGAAUUUGAUUUUGGAAGAGGAGGAACUACAGUAUGUUCUACGGAUGUCGUUAUGGUUAUUGACUAUGAGCAGUACGGCUCCGAAAAUACUUUAGCCAGUAUUUGUGGUGGUCUUAUUACUAAUUUGCAAAACUACAGUUUUAUUUCUACGUAUAAUAAAAUUGGAAUUCGAUUUAUAUCUGGAGGUUCAGAAAAACCACUCAACUCUGGCGUCAUGGCAUCUUUUAGAAUCACCAAAUCUAAUGAAGUCUGGGAUCCAGGAAUUUUAGCUCCGCGUGUUGAAUCAACACCCUGUGAUUCUAAACCAUGCAAGAACGGAGCUACGUGCAUUGUGACUGAAGCUAGCUAUACUUGCGAAUGCACCAACGAAUUUACAGGUAUCCGCUGUACGGAGCAGCGGGCUUCAUACUUGCUAACGGAGCCUCUUUGGUCUGGAACAUUAGCAAUCAUUGGGCUACUGAUCCUAAUGCUUAUUGCUAUGAAGUUAAGAAGGCAUUGUGAGAAGACUUGCAAUUGUGGUUUAAAGAAAGACGUCGAGUCACCAUUUAAAGCAUACGAAGACAAUGGACCUUCAGCCAUCUACGCUAAAUAUGCUGAUACUGACCCUACGGCUGAUGCGUUCAGUUCAUUGAUUCAAAGACUUAAGUCUGGUGCUACAGCACAGACAGCAUCGGUGGUGCCUACUACACAGAAACCAAAACUAGGACUAGAAGUAUCACCGGCUAGUCUAAAAAAGAAUAAGGCACUAGCGCCAAAGGAUCUGAUUUUACUGAAUGGAAAGGUGAAGGCAGAAGAUUCGUUAAUUUCCAACGGACUCAUUUCCGGCAAUGAUGGCAAUGUUGGCUCAUGUAAAGCGAAAAACAGUCAUCUACUGAAGGUCACUGUAGAUAUCAACCAGACUUCAAAAACAGCCUCAAUUGAUACAAAUACUACAACAAACCGGGUGGCGGGAGCAAGCUUUGGACUUUCAGCCAUUUUAAUUUCUUAUCUACAUGAUAUCACACUUGAAAAUGUUGAAUCAUAUAAGAGAAUAAGCAGUCGAGUCGCAUAUCUAAACCUUGUGUUCUGUGGUGAUAAAAGAAAAGACCUAUUGAAAAUCAGAGUUAUUAACUGUUAUGGGAUUACUUCACCAAACGCGAAAAAAGAUCCAGGAGAGCUUGAUAAAUUCUACCGAGAUUUAAACGAAGCAAUAAAAGUACCAGCCAAAUAUGAGAUUGUGAUUUUCGGUGAUAUGAAUGCAAGACUUGGUAAACGAUCUUUUAUUGAUGUAGAAUCUGGAUUAUCUGUUCUUAUGGUAAAAUACGGUGUUGGAAAAAGAAAUAAUAAUGGAGAUGAACUCGGUUUAGAACAUUUGGAUUAUGAUCCAAUGUCUCUAGAUAAUCCUAUAACAUUAGAGGAGGUUAAACGUGCGGUCUCAAAACUAAAAAAUGCCAAAACGUGUGAACCGGAUGAUUUAAAAAACGAACUCCUUUAA